AUGAGAAUCAAAUAUACAACAGGAUAUGCAGAAACUGUAAUUAAAGCAAUCGAUGAUAAAUCUUCCGAGUUGAGGACUAUCAGUUUAAAGAUUCAUGAAAAUCCAGAAUUAGCUUAUGAAGAAAAAUUUGCUCAUGGUUUGUUGGUAAAAUAUCUCCAGGACGAGGGAUUUAACGUAACUCCUUCUGCAUACGGUCUCGAGACGGCGUUUGUUGCAGAAUUUCAAUCCAUAGCUGGUCGAGGUAGAGUAGUUUCAUUUAAUUCCGAGUAUGAUGCUCUUCCUAAUAUCGGUCAUGCUUGUGGUCACAAUCUGAUUGCGAUUAGCGGAGUCGCUGCUGCAAUUGCAUUAAAAGCUGUAUUUGAAAAGCAUCAAAUUCCUGGAACAGUGAAAUUAUUUGGUACUCCGGCUGAAGAAAAAGGAACUGGUAAAAUUGAUUUGGUUAACGCGGGUGCUUAUAAUGAUGUUGAUAUUUCUUUAAUGGUUCAUCCAAGUCCAUUUGAUGGAUGUUUCAUAAAGUCUCUUGCUAUUCAAUCUUGUGAAGUUAAAUAUUUUGGAAGAACUGCACAUGCUGCUGGAGCGCCAUGGAAAGGAAUAAAUGCGCUAGAUGCAACGAUUUUGGCUUAUAAUAAUAUUGGGUUAUUACGACAACAAAUUUUACCCACCAAUAGUAAUUGUUCUUUAAUUAUUAUAUUUAAACCAGUUAUUCCAGAUUAUACUUCAUCGGAAUAUUUUAUUCGAGGAAGAACGAUUAAGGAUUUGACCGAUCUAAGAUCACGCGUUCAUCAAUGUUUUGAAGCGGCUGCUGUAGCAGCUGGAUGUACAAAGGAAAAUGGGGCCAAAGAUCCUAGCAUCUUCUGGAAUAGGGAAGUCUUUGAUGUGAAAACAAAUGCUCCUUUGGGUAACAGAUAUGAGGAAUACCUUAGGAAAUUUGGAAUAAACUUUCCGACAAAGGAAGAACAAGGUGCUAUGCCUUCAGGUUCAACAGAUCAAGGACGGGUGACUUAUUUGAUUCCUGGUAUUCAUGCAGUGUAUGAUAUAAAACCUCCCAAAGGGAGUGAAAAUCAUACGCGUGGUUUCACAGAUGCUGCUAAAACUGAAUUUGCGCACGAAGCUACGCUAACUGCCUCAAAAGGAAUCGCAUUAACUGGUAUAGAUUAUUUGGUCGAUGAUGGUUUUGCUAAACUAGUUAAGUUAGAUUUUGAUGGCAAACUUUCUUGUAAGUUAUAA